AUGGACUUAAUAUUCAGAGGAGCCAAGAUCGUGUCACGCAUCCCAAGAACAUCACUAUGGACAUCGCAAUACCGCAGCGCAUCACGAGCAACAUACACUGUACCCAUCGCUCAACCGCCGCCAACACAUGAACACUGGAAUAUUCCCACGCUAGAUGAAUGCCCCUCGCCGACAUGUCAGUGUGGAGAGACACCAGCAGGACUGGAUAUCGACCGCGAAACCAAGCUCAAUGGCACCAUGCCGGCAUAUGCUGAGCAGGUUCUCAUUUCAACAGGACGCACGGAUUGGAAGAGCAGAAUACAAGAGGACGAUGACAGUGUACUUGUGAAUCAGUUGGCCAGAAUGAUUGGCCCCAAGGGCAAGUUCUCAGAUCCAUACCACAACGUAUCCGUCACCAACUCCUCCAUCCUACCGACUCCAUUCGAGGUCGCCGAGCCUUCGACUCAACCUGCACGAAAUGCCAACACGGUACCGGCCGCCAAAGCUGGCUCGGACCCAGACAUUGUCCCUCAGGAGAAGGCUAACGCAGCGCCUGCAUCAGCCUUCCUUUUCCCUAGCUUCCAAUAUGUUCCCAGCAUUCCCACCGACGACAGUGGUGUGGAAGCCUUUGUCAAGGCAUUCGUUCUUCCUCCUGCGCUACACGCGUCACACGAACGCUUGACGAGAGCACAAAAGAACACCCUUCUCCACGAACCAGAGAUGCGCAAACAAUUCUCCGGUGCUCGUCCGGUACACGAGAUAGUCGUCUUGAUCUGCGGCCACGGCGGACGCGAUGAAAGAUGCGGAAAGAUGGGCCCCGUGCUGCAGGCGGAAUUUGAGGACAAGUUGGCGAGACAGAACAUCCCUAUCAUCCGCGAUGCUCCUCCUCACGACACGGUUCAGCCUGACUACUCGAUCGAAGAAUACCAACCGGCAGCAAGAGUGGCACAAAUUUCACACAUUGGAGGACACAAGUGGGCUGGAAAUGUGAUUGUAUACAUUCCUCCUAGUUUCAAGACCAACCCUCUUGCAGGCUGUGGGAUCUGGUAUGGCAGAGUGGAGCCUCAGCAUGUCGAGGGUAUUGUCGGCAAGACAUUGAUUGACGGCAAGGUUAUCAAAAGUCACUUUAGAGGAGGCAUUCGUGAGGGCGGCGAGAUCUUGAGACUCGACUAG